AGCUGGCGGCGCAGCUGGAGGCCACUGCUGCUGCGAGGGCGUCGGUGGAGCAGGACCGCGAGAAGACCAAGGGCGCCUUGGAGCAGCAGCUCCGCGAAUCCGAGGCACGCGCUGCGGAGCUGGCGGCGCAGCUGGAGGCCACUGCUGCUGCGAGGGCGUCGGUGGAGCAGGACCGCGAGAAGACCAAGGGCGCCUUGGAGCAGCAGCUCCGCGAAUCCGAGGCACGCGCUGCGGAGCUGGCGGCGCAGCUGGAGGCCACUGCUGCUGCGAGGGCGUCGGUGGAGCAGGACCGCGAGAAGACCAAGGGCGCCUUGGAGCAGCAGCUCCGCGAAUCCGAGGCACGCGCUGCGGAGCUGGCGGCGCAGCUGGAGGCCACUGCUGCUGCGAGGGCGUCGGUGGAGCAGGACCGCGAGAAGACCAAGGGCGCCUUGGAGCAGCAGCUCCGCGAAUCCGAGGCACGUGCUGCGGAGCUGGCGGCGCAGCUGGAGGCCACUGCUGCUGCGAGGGCGUCGGUGGAGCAGGACCGCGAGAAGACCAAGGGCGCCUUGGAGCAGCAGCUCCGCGAAUCCGAGGCACGCGCUGCGGAGCUGGCGGCGCAGCUGGAGGCCACUGCUGCUGCGAGGGCGUCGGUGGAGCAGGACCGCGAGAAGACCAAGGGCGCCUUGGAGCAGCAGCUCCGCGAAUCCGAGGCACGCGCUGCGGAGCUGGCGGCGCAGCUGGAGGCCACUGCUGCUGCGAGGGCGUCGGUGGAGCAGGACCGCGAGAAGACCAAGGGCGCCUUGGAGCAGCAGCUCCGCGAAUCCGAGGCACGUGCUGCGGAGCUGGCGGCGCAGCUGGAGGCCACUGCUGCUGCGAGGGCGUCGGUGGAGCAGGACCGCGAGAAGACCAAGGGCGCCUUGGAGCAGCAGCUCCGCGAAUCCGAGGCACGCGCUGCGGAGCUGGCGGCGCAGCUGGAGGCCACUGCUGCUGCGAGGGCGUCGGUGGAGCAGGACCGCGAGAAGACCAAGGGCGCCUUGGAGCAGCAGCUCCGCGAAUCCGAGGCACGCGCUGCGGAGCUGGCGGCGCAGCUGGAGGCCACUGCUGCUGCGAGGGCGUCGGUGGAGCAGGACCGCGAGAAGACCAAGGGCGCCUUGGAGCAGCAGCUCCGCGAAUCCGAGGCGCGUGCUGCGGAGCUGGCGAGGAGGCUGGAGGCCACUGCUGCUGCGAAGGGCUUGGUGGAGCAGGACCGCGAGAGCACGAAGGCCACUUUGGAGGAACGGCUGCGUAUUGUGGAGGCGCGAGCUGCAGAACUUGCUACUGAGUUGGAGGCCACUGCUGCUGCGAAGUCUUCGAUCGAGCAGGAUCGUGAGAGCAAGAGGGCGGCUCUGGAGGAGCGACUUCGGAUUGCGGAGGUGCGCUCUGCGGAACUGGCGAGUCAGCUGGAGGCCACUGCUGCUGCGAAAGCGUUGGUAGAGCAGGACCGCGAGAGAACGAGGGCUUCUCUGGAGGCGCGCGUUGCGGAACUGGCGAGCAAGCUGGAGGCGACUGCUGCUGCGAAGGGCUUGGUGGAGGAGGACCGCGAGUCCACGAGGGCAACCUUGGAGGAGCGACUCCGGGUUGCUGAGGUGCGCGCUGCGGAGCUAUCGAGUCAGCUGCAGGCUGCUGCUGCUGCGAGGGCGUCGGUGGAGCAGGACCGGGAGCAGAUGAGGAGGGCUCUGGAGGCGCGCGUUGCGGAGGUGUCAACGAAGCUGGAGGCCACUGCUGCUGCGAGGGCGUCGGUGGAGCAGGACCGCGAGAGCACGAAGGCCACCUUGGAGGAGCGACUCCGGGUUGCUGAGGUGCGCGCUGCGGAGCUAUCGAGUCAGCUGCAGGCUGCUGCUGCUGCGAAGACGGCGGUGGAGCAGGACCGCGAGAGAACGAGGGCGGCUCUGGAAGCGCGCGCUGCGGAGCUUGCAAGCAAGCUGGAGGCCACUGCUGCUGCGAAGGGCUUGGUGGAGCAGGACCGCGAGAGCACGAAGGCCACCUUGGAGGAACGGCUGCGUAUUGUGGAGGCGCGAGCUGCAGAACUUGCUACUGAGUUGGAGGCCACUGCUGCUGCGAAGUCUUCGAUCGAGCAGGAUCGUGAGAGCAAGAGGGCGGCUCUGGAGGAGCGACUUCGGAUUGCGGAGGUGCGCUCUGCGGAACUGGCGAGUCAGCUGGAGGCCACUGCUGCUGCGAAAGCGUUGGUAGAGCAGGACCGCGAGAGAACGAGGGCUUCUCUGGAGGCGCGCGUUGCGGAACUGGCGAGCAAGCUGGAGGCGACUGCUGCUGCGAAGACGGUGGUGGAGCAGGACCGCGAGAGAACGAGGGCGGCCAUAGAGGAACAGCUUCGGCUCGCUGAGGUGCGCGCUGCGGAGCUGGCCAGUGAGCUGGAGGCCACUGCUGCUGCGAAAGCGUUGGUAGAGCAGGACCGCGAGAGAACGAGGGCUUCUCUGGAGGCGCGCGUUGCGGAACUGGCGAGCAAGCUGGAGGCGACUGCUGCUGCGAAGACGUCGGCGGAGCAGGACCGGGAAAGCACGAAGGCUACCUUGGAGGAGCGGUUGCGCGGUGCUGAGGUGCGAGCUGCCGAGCUGGCAAGCCAGCUGGAGGCCACUGCUGCUGCGAAGACGUCAGCGGAGCAGGAGCGUGCGACCACAAGGGCGGCUCUGGAGGCGCGCGCUGCGGAGCUUGCAAGCAAGCUGGAGGCCACUGCUGCUGCGAAGUCCGCGGUGGAGCAGGACCGUGAGAGGACCAGAGCGACCUUGGAGGAGCGGUUGCGCGGUGCUGAGAUGCGCGCUGCGGAGCUGGCGCGCAAGCUGGAGGCCACUGCUGCUGCGAAGAUGUCAGUGGAGCAGAACCGCGAGAGCACGAGGGCGGCGUUAGAGGAGCGGCUGCGCGCGGCUGAGGUGCGCGCUGCAGAGCUGUCGAGCAAGCUGGAGGCCACUGCUGCGGCGAAGGCCGCGGUGGAGCAGGACCAUGAGAGGACGUGGACAAACUUUGAAAAGCAGCUCCGCGAAUCCGAGGCGCGCGCUGCGAAGCUGACAGGGCAGCUGGAGGCAACCGCUGCUGCAAAAGCCUUUAUGCAGCAGGAUCGUGACAGGAUAAAGACUGCUUUCGAAGAGCAGUUGCGCUGCUCUGAGGCGCGGGCCAAGGAGCUGGCUGCGCAGCUGGAGGCCACUGCUGCUGCGAAGACGUCAGUGGAGGAAGACCGCGAGAGGAUGAGGGCCGCCUUGGAGCAGCAGCUCCGCGAAUCCGAGGCACGUGCUGCGGAGCUGGCGGUGCAGCUGGAGGCCAUUGCUGCUGCGAAGACGUCAGUGGAGGAAGACCGCGAGAGGAUGAGGGCCGCCUUGGAGGAGCGGCUGCGCGGCGCUGAGUUGCGCGCUGCGGAGCUGGCGGGAGUCCUGGAGGCCACUGCUGCUGCGAAGACGGCGGUGGAGGAGGACCUCGAGAAGAUCAAGGGCGCCUUGGAGCAGCAGCUCCGCGAAUCCGAGGCGCGUGCUGCGGAUCUGAAGACCCGACUGAAGGCCACUGCUGCUGCGAAGACGGCGGUGGAGCAGGACGGCGAGAAGAUCAAGGGCGCCUUGGAGCAGCAGCUCCGCGAAUCCGAGACGCGUGCUGCGGAGCUGGCGGCGCAGCUGGAGGCCACUGCUGCUGCGAAGACGUCAGUGGAGGAAGACCGCGAGAGGAUGAGGGCCGCCUUGGAGCAGCAGCUCCGCGAAUCCGAGGCACGUGCUGCGGAGCUGGCGGUGCAGCUGGAGGCCACUGCUGCUGCGAAGACGUCAGUGGAGGAAGACCGCGAGAGGAUGAGGGCCGCCUUGGAGGAGCGGCUGCGCGGCGCUGAGUUGCGCGCUGCGGAGCUGGCGGGAGUCCUGGAGGCCACUGCUGCUGCGAAGACGGCGGUGGAGGAGGACCUCGAGAAGAUCAAGGGCGCCUUGGAGCAGCAGCUCCGCGAAUCCGAGGCGCGUGCUGCGGAUCUGAAGACCCGACUGAAGGCCACUGCUGCUGCGAAGACGGCGGUGGAGCAGGACCGCGAGAAGACCAAGGGCGCCUUGGAGCAGCAGCUCCGCGAAUCGGAGGCGAGUGCUGCGGAGCUGACGGCUCGGCUGAAGGCCACUGCUGCUGCGAAGACGGCGGUGGAGCAGGACCGCGAUAAGAUCAAGGGCACCUUGAAGCAGCAGCUCCGCGAAUCCGAGGCGCGUGCUGCGGAUCUGAAGACCCGACUGAAGGCCACUGCUGCUGCGAAGACGGCGGUGGAGCAGGACCGCGAGAAGAUCAAGGACGCCUUGGAACAGCAGCUCCGCGAAUCCGAGACGCGCGCUGCGGAGCUGAAGACCCGACUGAAGGCCACUGCUGCUGCGAAGACGGUGGUGGAGCAGGACCGCGAGAAGAUCAAGGGCGCCUUGGAGCAGCAGCUCCGCGAAUCCGAGACGCGCGCUGCGGAGCUGAAGACCCGACUGAAGGCCACUGCUGCUGCGAAGACGGUGGUGGAGCAGGACCGCGAGAAGACCAAGGGCGCCUUGGAGCAGCAGCUCCGCGAAUCCGAGGCACGUGCUGCGGAGCUGGCGGCGCAGCUGGAGGCCACUGCUGCUGCGAAGACGGCGGUGGAGGAGGACCGCGAGAAGACCAAGGGCGCCUUGGAGCAGCAGCUCCGCGAAUCCGAGGCACGUGCUGCGGAGCUGGCGGCGCAGCUGGAGGCCACUGCUGCUGCGAAGACGUCAGUGGAGGAAGACCGCGAGAGGAUGAGGGCCGCCUUGGAGGAGCGGCUGCGCGGCGCUGAGUUGCGCGCUGCGGAGCUGGCGGGAGUCCUGGAGGCCACUGCUGCUGCGAAGACGGCGGUGGAGGAGGACCUCGAGAAGAUCAAGGGCGCCUUGGAGCAGCAGCUCCGCGAAUCCGAGGCGAGCGCUGCGGAGCUGGCGGGUGUCCUGGAGGCCACUUCUGCUGCGAAGACGGCGGUGGAGGAGGACCUCGAGAAGAUCAAGGGCGCCUUGGAGCAGCAGCUCCGCGAAUCCGAGGCGCGCGCUGCGGAGCUGGCGGCGCAGCUGGAGGCCACUGCUGCUGCGAAGACGUCAAUUGAACUAGACCGCGAGAAGAUCAAGGGCGCCUUGAAGCAGCAGCUCCGCGAAUCCGAGGCGCGUGCUGCGGAGCUGAAGACUCGACUGAAGGCCACUGCUGCUGCGAAGACGGCGGUGGAGCAGGACCGCGAGAAGAUCAAGGGCGCCUUGGAGCAGCAGCUCCGCGAAUCCGAGACGCGCGCUGCGGAGCUGAAGACCCGACUGAAGGCCACUGCUGCUGCGAAGACGGUGGUGGAGCAGGACCGCGAGAAGAUCAAGGGCGCCUUGGAGCAGCAGCUCCGCGAAUCCGAGACGCGCGCUGCGGAGCUGGCGGCGCAGCUGGAGGCCACUGCUGCUGCGAAGACGGCGGUGGAGGAGGACCUCGAGAAGACCAAGGGCGCCUUGGAGCAGCAGCUCCGCGAAUCCGAGGCACGUGCUGCGGAGCUGGCGGCGCAGCUGGAGGCCACUGCUGCUGCGAAGACGUCAGUGGAGGAAGACCGCGAGAAUGUCAAGGUGGCGUUCGAAGAAGAAUUGUGUGAUGCGAAGGCGAAAUUGGCUGGAAUGGAGGUGGCGUUGAAGGAAGCGAAGUUGGAGUUUGAAGGUCGUGUCGGGGAGCUUGAAGGAGAGUGCGAGAAGCUGAGGAAUGACAAGCUCAGGUAUGCGAAAAAGGUUCAGUCACUUGAGUAUCAGACGCGCAUCGAUGAGGCACGACUAAAGGCGCGUCGUGAUGCGGUGCAUCGAAAGGAGUGA